GUAAGACUUUCCAGCCAUGAGGCAGAGCCAGAGGCCGCUUCUUCUCCUAGAAGGCCACAGCUCCCGGCCAGGUACUGACUCACCCCACUUCAAAGGCCUUGGCCUCCGUUCAGGUAUUUAACCUGCUGCACGGAGCCUGUCACUCUGGAAUUCUGCUCAUGGGGAGCUGAGCCCCACCUGCAGAUCUGCUCCUCACCUGGACAGGUACCUCUUCCUUCUAGGCAGUCCACACCAGCUGAAGAGCAGUCCCCAAGGGCCACCAGGGCCCUGCUGCCUACUGCUGCUCAGGGAUGCCAGCCCCCUGCAUCUUUGCUCCAGACAUGGCUGAGCAGGUGCCCCUGUGGCACCACUACCUGUUGGCCAUCCAGUCACGGGAGUCACCCCGUGUCCAGGACUACCAGAGAGCAGAGAACAUCCUGCUCACCGUGCUGGAGCGAGUCCAUGCCUUGGACCCCCGCUUUGUUGUUGACUACUCUCGAGACCUGGAAGCCUUCCAGUUUGCACUGCGUUCCUCAGAGGACCCGCUGGAUGUGGAGGUGCCCCUGGGGGUGGACGCCGAGGCUCUCCUGAUUGAGGAUUCAGAAGCCGCUGAGCCAGGAGAUGGCCCCACAACCUGUCGCCUGGGUGUCCUCAAGAAAGCGUCUGUCCUGGAGCCAUGGAUGACUGAUGAUGUCUUCAGUGUCUCCUCAGAGGCCAGAGACAAGUGCUGUGGCUACAUUGUACCCAGUAAAGUUCUGUGUGUCCUUAAAGAUCUUCUGGUGGCUGCCACCGUACACUGCAAACACCACAGCCUCAUUCCACCAGGAGGCAACCUGGAUAUGCAAGGUGGGGGCCUAGAGAUUCGGAUGGUCCUUAAUGGCCCAUAA